UGUGGGGGAUGAGAAAGCCGGGCUCAUCUGGCCUGACGGUCUUGGGCAAGGUUCCAAAAUCAAGCAAAAUCUUUUGACAGUUGUCAAUGGAAAAGACUAUCAGAAUCAAGCAUCAACUCGUGAUCAUGACCGAUUUGUUGUCCGUGGAGAGGACCGACAAAUCCGGAGUAAUCCCUUUACGAAGUGGAAAACUUCUGUGACGCUCGGAAGCCAUUAUUAAUCCUCGGCUGGCUCCAGUCAGUUCCAACUGGUAGUAGAGAUGGAAGUUCAAGACGACUUCCAUGAAUCUCGUCUCCGAGAGGUCCAAUCCUCCUACAUUCUUCAUUGGAACUACAGGAAUUUGAAGUGCAUGCCCAAGGAGCUCUUGGACCAUGGCGAGCACAUUCAAGAGAUCUAUCUGAAAGAAAACCAAAUCCAAGCCAUCCCAGAACGAUUGGACAGGUUAUCACAACUGACCAACAUCUACCUAUUCGGAAACAAUCUCAAAGAGUUCCCAAUAUCCCUUAUUGGUUUGAAGGCGUUGCGCGUGCUGGAUUUGGGAGGCAAUGGUCUCGAAGAAUUGCCCAACGAUAUCGGCGAAAUGACGGGACUUCAGACACUCGACUUGAGCACCAACCUUCUGCGAGGGCUACCACCAGACAUUGGAAAACUAGUAAAUUUGGAAUACUUGGUGGCGUACAAGAACCGCUUAACCUCUCUCCCACGCACACUUAGUCAGUGGAAGGCCCUCAAAAGUUUGCAAGUCUCGGGUAAUCUUUUAAGAGAGCUCCCCAAAGAGUUGGAGGAUUGCCGCAAUCUCACGGAUAUCUAUGUGGAGAGGAACCUUUUGACCCAUAUUCCCCUCAACAUAACGACCUUACCCAAACUGGCCAGAUUGAACGCCUCGAGCAAUCACUUGAAAUAUCUCCCCUCACUGCCAUUCGUGUCCCAUCCUCGACUCACUUUUGACUUUAAUCAUGACCUUUGCCAUAUUCCGUUCCACUUGGGCUGCUUCCAAACUUUUCUCAGCUAUCAAACUAUUCAUUCCUUGGAGAAUCAGCGAUGUCACAUUCGAUGGAAGUUUCGAAAUAACGGAUGUUUCAAAAGCCGAGAGAAGCCAAAAAUCAAAGGGGGAUCGAUCGUCAAAACCGUGCUCAAUAACGAGAACAUCUUCUUACAUCUCCCAAUAAAUCAAUGCUGUUUGUUCAAUGGCAGAGAUCAAGUCCGGUUUAGCAAUCAAACCGUUCCAUCCUUACUAGAAUUGUGUCUAAGAUACAAUUUUGCUUCAUUCGCUCAAUGUCAGUUUCGGAAGGACGAGAUAUCCUUGCUUGGACUUCAAAUAGCCGAGAGAUUGCCACGCGAACGGUUUGCUUUCAAUUCAUUGGCCUCUCUUCUGCCCAGAAAUGUGAUCCAACUUCUGAGGAAUGGGCCCCAAGCUCUUUGUUGCGAACCCAAAUGUACUGAGGUGAUGUUCGAUUGGAUCGUUUUGGCUGUCAUCGAGGUAGAUCUAAAAGGCGGGAUCAUGACUUACUUGGACGAGGGCGAGGAAGAAUCCGAAGCCGCUUUGUCCUCGAUCAUGUUCUGCUCGACGAGCUGCCUUGGCAAAUAUUUGCGGCAAGGACCUCCGAGUAAACUCCAAUCUAGUUUGUCAGAGUCGAAAUAUAUUGAAUUGUCUUAAAGUCUACGA